AUCUCCAUAUCUAUCUUCACCUAUAAAGUCUUUUGUUGCCAACAUCAAACCAGUUGGAAGAACAACCUAGGGGAUCAGAUCGAAAUCUCGUGAUGAGGAAGCCUGAUCUCCCAGGGAAGAACAACACGAACAAUGGCACUAACAAGCUCAGAAAGGGCUUAUGGUCACCAGAAGAAGAUGACAAGCUCAUGAGUUACAUGUUAAACAAUGGGCAGGGUUGCUGGAGCGAUGUUGCCCGGAAUGCUGGUCUCCAGAGGUGUGGCAAGAGCUGUCGUCUUCGGUGGAUUAACUACUUGCGACCUGACCUUAAGCGCGGUGCCUUCUCACCCCAAGAAGAAGAACUCAUUAUCCAUUUGCAUUCCAUCCUUGGCAACAGGUGGUCUCAGAUUGCCGCAAGGCUUCCGGGAAGGACCGACAAUGAAAUCAAGAAUUUUUGGAAUUCCACAAUAAAGAAAAGGAUGAAGAACUCAUUUUCAACCUCAUCUCCAAACAAUAGUGAUUCAUCUGAGCCUAGAGAAGUCAUAGGAGGGCUCAUGUCCUUGAGUGAACAAGACAUCAUGGCUCUGUGCAUGGACUCAUCUUCUUCAUCUUCUUCCUCAUCCAUGCAAGCGAUGGCAAUGAGAAACCAGUUUGAACCAUUACCUCCACUCAACAACUGCUACAGUCUUUCAGGUGCUCCAGGGUAUUUCAAUGUGUCCACAGGCUUAUCACAAGCAGUUGGUACAGGAGAUGGAUACUGUGGAGGUCAUGGCUUCUUAGGGGGUGAUAACAUUGGGGUACAAGGGGAAUUAUUUGUUCCUCCCUUGGAGAGCAUUAGUAUUGAACAGAAAAACACUGCAACUGACAACCCCAUCAGUAAGAUUAACAAUAACAUCAACAACAGCCACAUAAAUGACAUUAACAACAUCAUCAACAGCAAUAAUAACAAGGUAGAGACUUUGGUUGAGAGUGUGAAUUAUUGGGAAGGAGAAAACUUAAGAAUGGGGGAAUGGAACUUGGAGGAUCUGAUGGAAGAUGUCUUUUCUUUUCCUUAUCUUGAUUUUCAAGUUGAAUAAUUGGCUACUCUCCUGACCUCUUUUUUUUUUCCCUUUUUCCUUUCAGUAUAGAAAAUACUUGUUGAGCCCCUUUGCUUUCCAGAAAACUGCUCAAACCCAUCUCAUAGGACAUAUUACAGAGGAGAUUAUAGGUCUCUUGUAUACCUUAGGUCUAUUCUAGGUCUCUCAAAAUAUGUAGGUAAUUUUAGCCAUGAAACCAGUUCAUGAUACUUGGAUGAUGUGGGGAGGGUAAAAUAAAGGUCACCUGGAAAAUCUAUCUUUUGGUGACAACCAAAUCUUGUAAGUACAUGUAUCUUCUUCAAUUUCCUAAUUUCUUUUUUUACUUUUUUUAUAAGUGAGGAUAUUUUGGUUAUUUCAUGAGAAUAAGGGGGUUGUUGUAAUAAUAAUACUUUUGGAGAGAAUUGUGAAUAGUUUAUAUUCAAUGUAGAGAGGGCCAUCAAGAUUAAUUGGGUGGUAAACUGUAGCUAUUGUGAGAUGUACAAAAGGAAAAAUGUGGAGGUGGAAGUUAUUAUUAGUGAGGAGUAAGUAGGAUGUACCACACAUUAAUGGAGAUAUCCAAAGCCUCUCUCUCUC